GCCUAGUGCUGGCCAACUAAGGGCCCACCUGAAAAACCCUUGCGCCGCUGAGCUGAGUCCCCCUUCCUUUCUCCCGUCGCCGCCGGGGCAGCGCCGCCGCCUCCGCCUCCGCCUUCAGUUUAGCCUCCAAGCAGGGGCGACGCGCGGGGUAUUCGGUCCGUCUUCGAGGGGAGAGAGUCACUUGCACCGGGGGAGCGGAGAUGAAGCCGGUCGUGGGGAUCGUGGUGUCGAACAAGAUGCAGAAGUCGGUGGUGGUUGCGGUCGACCGCCUCUUCCACAACAAGAUGUACAACCGCUACGUCAAGCGCACCUCCAAGUUCAUGGCGCACGACGAGGACGACUCCUGCAACAUUGGCGACCGGGUUAGGCUGGAUCCUUCUAGGCCCUUGAGCAGACAUAAGCACUGGGUUGUUGCUGAAAUUCUUCGCAGAGCUAAGGUGUAUGUUCCACCAGCUGCAACAGCGCCCAGUGAACAUGAUAGCAAAUCUCAACAAGCUGGUGUUGCUACCAAAUGAGAAAUCCAUCUGAAGUUACUCAGAGCAUGAUGCAGUUAUGGCUUGUUUUUUUUUUUCUUCUUCUGUAUGUUUGUUUCCAAUGUGGAUGCCAUGUUUAGCCAUGGAAGAAAAAAUAGCACGCAGUCACCAUGUUUGCUUAAUUUAGUUUGUUCUUCUGUGGUGACCUUCGUUGAAUGGUAGCCAUUGAGGAUAGUUACCAGAUUCAACAAGACCAAUGGAUUCAUAUUGUAUUGGUUCACUUUAGAUACCCACCAUUGCAUUUGCAUGUAUGGUUGGCAGUUGUCUUUGUAAUUCCCCUCUGACACUGAAAUGAGCAGGCGGAAAGCACAGAAGAGUACAAUGCAAAAUACAUGUCAAAUUGACUGUUUGACUCGUUAUUGUAAAAUAAUGGAACUUUCAGGGUUCCAUACUUAUAUC